UGGGGGCCGGGGCGAGAGCAGCUAAGUUGCUGACUGUGCACCCCUUUUGCGAGCACAUACACACACCCUGCUGGGGGGCCCUCUUCAGCAGCCCCCAUGGAGCUCCCCCUGGCCCAGACAUGCCCCCAAGAGAGCCACGAAGCCCCUGCUCCCACCUUCAGCACCUUCCGACCCACGGGCGUGGCCCACAAGAGCUGCCAGGGCCCGGACCUGCUCCCGCUCCCGGGGCUCAGGCCCCAGGCCCCAAAGGCAGAGGAAGUUCAGCCCAACCCCAGGGUCCCUGCUGUCCACGCUGUGGUGUCUCCCCAGGCCCCAGCGGCCGCCUCCAGCCCAGAGAAUGCUGGCAGGGCUGAGGAGGUGCCAGGGGAAGGAGGUCUCUCCCUGCAGGCCGAGAUCUGGGAGUGGUUCCAGAAGACUCAGGCCCACCAGCUCCUGCAGCACGGGGCAGCCCCCGCCUGGUUCCACGGCUUCAUCACCCGGAGGGAGGCUGAGAGGCUGCUGGAGCCCAAGACUCCCGGAUGCUACUUAGUGCGAGGGUCCGAUGACCAACCGCCCUCCAGGAGCCUGACCUGCUGCCGCCACUUCCUGCUGGCCCAGCUCCGGGAUGGGCGCCACGUGGUGCUGGGCGAGGACAGCGCCCACGCCAGGCUGCAAGACCUGCUACGCCACUACACCGAGUGCCCGCUCAGCCCCUACAGGGAGACGCUGACCGAGCCCCUCGCCCGCCAGACUGCGGAGCCUGCGGGACUUUCCCUAAAGUUUGAAGAACCAGACUCCGGAUGCAGAAGCCAGGACCCGAACCCCCAGUACACGCCGGUUAUCAAGCCGGGGCAGACUCCAGCUCCCGGGCAGAAAGAAGGAGCCAGAGAGUCAAAGGAGCCCGCCCCGCCCACCCUGCCCAACCCACUCCCUGCCAAGCCGCAGCUGCCCGCAGAAGUCUACACAAGCCCCGCGCCGAGACCCCGCCCGGGCCCACCCCCCGAGCCCACCACUCCUAUCUACCAUGAGCUCGACGAACCCAUAGCCUUCUACGCCAUGGGCCGGGGCAGCCCCGGGGAAGGCCCCAGCAACAUCUAUGCCGAGGUGGAGGGGCCGCCUGCGCCUGAGCGGCCGCCCGAAAGCCCGCCGACCAGCCUGGCACACCUCAUCCUGCGCAAGUGCCGCUCCAGGCCUGUCUCUGGAGGCCAGGGGGUGCAGGGAAAGAACCCAGAGGGCCCGCAAUUACAUUCUGAACACUCUGUGGCUGGAUUAGGGCCUCCCCUGUUUCCCCAGCCCCCACCUUCCUGGAGGCACACCCUCCCCCACAAACUUUCUAGACAGGUGCUUCAGGACUGAGGACAGGCGUGGCUGCCCCUUGGGCCUGCUCAGUAG